AUGGAGGCUGUCCCUGAAGCCAGACCCAGUCUUUCUGGGGUUCUCCUGCAGGUUGUGAGGCUCUUGGUGUUGCUGGUCAAGAAUCGCGUCCACAUCUAUAAGUUCCUGCUCCUCAAGUUCAUCUUCUUCAAUCACUGGGUGUCUGGACUGGUGCAGGAGGCUCACGGGCCCUCUAGCAGACAGGCCCAGCAACUCCUGAGGGGUGCAGCCUGCCCUGUGAUCCAGGUUGUCCGGGCUGGACUGGCUCUGAUAGAGAUUCCUGUAUGGCUGGUGGUCUGGGUGCCCAGGCUGGUGUGGGCCAAAGUGCUGGCCUGUGCCCGGUCCUUGGGCCGGUACCCACGGUGUCUUGAUGUCCUGGAGUGGAUGCGCCUGUCUGUGGCCACCUGGAUAAACCUGCUUUGGUCAUGUCUACAAAGCCUGAUGCUGGUGAUGUUGCUGCUGCUGCUGCUGGUCUGGAGGCUGUGCCGGAUGGCCCACCGCCUCAGCCUGGGCCAGCUGCCCCGCAAGGCCCUGCUGGAGUGCCACAUGGCGCUGAAGCGAAUAUGCCAGUGGGCAGAGAACAUGGCAACGCUCACCUCCUGGCACCUGGCCUACCUUGUCACCUGGACCACCUGCCUUGCCUCCCUCUUACUGCAGGCUGCUUUUGAGCACACAACCCAGUUGGCUCAGGAGGCUGAACCCCACGAGGCUUCACGUCCCUUGCUUGUACACUCACUCCCAGAGUCUCUGACCCCUGAGGCUGGGCCAGCCCUGUCCGAGCCUGAGGUCCCUAGAGAAUAA